AUGAAAGACUUAUUAACCACGGUGAUACAGUUGGAGUUGUGCAACAAAAAUAAAAAUGUAAAAUAUGUACAGACAUGUAAAAAUAAAUCAAGAAAGAAGCUGAAAAAAGUUGCUUUUUUGUCUGGGUUGUCACGGUUUGACGCAAAGAGAAACGAUACGUUAGGCCCAGGUAUAUAUAACAUUACUUUUCCAAAAUGCCAAACUAAGAAAAAUGGGAAGUUUCCUGCUCGACUACAAAGUUUAAAAAUAAAUUGGAAUUUACCGCCUUCAUUGUAUGCAGAUGGUUUGAAACAUCAUACGAUUCAGACUCGAGUUGAGAAGAAGAUUACCGCUAGAGGACCUUAUGAUACUUUUACAGGACCUAGGGAUUCAAGUACUUUGACGGGACUUACUGCCGAAAAAAAAUGUUAUCUUUUAUCUGACAAUUGGCCACUUCCACUCGAGAGCUACGUGUCUAGAAGUCAUCGAACUUACACAAAUGUAUUCAAACAGAAGUCACCGAGAAAAAAAAUAGAUCACAGUGUGCCGUCAUUUUCUUGUGCAAACAUGCCCAAUUGGUUGUCAAAAAAAACAAAUAAGUAUCCAUUUAAUGAUUCACGACGGGUCGGCGACAGUUUGAAAAUGAUCGAAGAUUCCCUCAAACCGGGACCGGGACACUACGAUAUUAUCAAUGUUAAUAAACGAUGCGCAACAAAUGGCCACACGAGCGUAUUUAAAAGUACUACGGCGCAAAGGCUACAGAUAAUACGCCCAGGCUAUAGCAUAUUUGAUUAAAAAUGCAAAACUUUUGAAAAUCGAUUCAAUAACUUACGUUUGUAUAAUACAUCGUCAUGGUCAAGGAAAUUAUCAAAAUAUGUAGAUAUUAUAAAAGUAAUAAAGUACAA